AUGCGGCGGAACCGGGAGAGAAACCGCGGUGAGUUUUUUUACUAUUUUUCCUCAUUUUUCUUGGUCCAAAAAAGACUAAUUACGCGGUUUAUGCCCCCCUGGGCCUUCAUUUUCGAGGGCAGGGGUGGGGAUGGGGGUUGCGCAUUCAUGUUUUAUCUUCCACACCACUUGAGGCCCUCACCAAUCAGCCGACUCAUACCUCGGCUACGUAGCCCAUUUAUAGUAACAAACACAUUUUAUAUUCACUUACCCGUUUACCCACCACUUUUACUGGCCCAUUAUUUCAUUCUUUUUGCUAAAUCUCGCAGUCUUUUAUUUCGAGGGCCAAUGUGGAAGCGAUGCAUGACGUUUAAUAACUUUAUCCCAUUACAGCAACAACGGUGUUUUGGUCCGCUUGCGAUUGGCUCUGCUGCGCGUCCAGCAGUAGUGGACAACGCGCAGCCGAAUCGACAGAAAACUCGUCGCGAAACCGAAGCCGGUCCUCCUGUCAUUCGGUCUAUGAAGUUGUCAACGAGACAAGUAAGGGAGGGAAAACGGUUAUUUUAUUUGAAGAUGCCCAUCCCAGCACAGUGGUCGACCCCACUGUCCACACAACCGAGGGGCGUUCUCCCGCACUCAGUGGAAAGAACAGCAGGAAAAUCUCGCCCGUUAUACAGCAUCGACUUGGGGUCGACCAUGCAGUUCUUCGGCAGAAGUUUGAUGCGAUGACAGCGAAUCGAAAACUUACAGUACUUAGUACUACGCAGUCCGAAGACCUCGAAUUCUGCCGGAGUUAUGUGAUCAACAGCAACGGGUAUUCAAUCACAUCCCCUCCCUCUCUCAGCUCAACAGAAUGUCGGAAAACCUCACAACCGUUGGACUUUAGGAACAACCGGACGGUCCAUCACAAGUUCUCGCUGGUGGAACAGCGGUCGAAACCUCCGGCGGUGUUUUCACCUCGGGACACCCAGUCCCUACCCUCUUCACGAUCUUUCAUCUCACCUACUUAUGCACUCCAGAGCUACGUUAAGCCGGAGAACAGCUGCCCUAUGGAGCAGCUGGAAGAAGAAACAGUCGAACCGGACACCGUUGAUGUCCUCCGUAAGUUCCGACGUUUUAAUGGACUCUUGCAAGCACUCGAGGGUCAGUGUUCUUACAUGUGUGGCAUUCCGAGACAGGUCUGA